UCGUUCAAUGACUUCAGCGGCUGCGGUUCGCUACCAGGUGCGAGAAUCGAUCCCAAAUCGUCCAGUUUUUUGCAAUUAUUGUCGUAUCGUUUAUUGUUACAGCUGGAUUCCGCACCUUUGGAUGCUUCAUUUUGUUCAACGAGGUCUGAGUUGACCCAGGGACAAUGUCGAAAUCGAAAACGACUGAGGGUCAGACGUCUGCCUCGCAGUAUGAGUGAUGGAGAGCAAUUGAUCCCCAAAUCUGGAGCGUUCACACCUUUGAUCCGUCGCUCACCUCCGUCAACGCCUUUAGCCCGAUCGACGAGACUGCUUCAGAAGCUUGAGAGGGACCUGAUGACAAACCUGGAAAGCGACACCGCACCUGAGCAGUCCGACACGCAGGUCUACGAGUGGGACGAUUACAAUGUAAGCAUUUUUGAACAAAUGUUCACAGGAGCUCUCGAGCUAUUCUCAGAGCCCAGAGCAGAAGCAGGAAAACAUCAUGGAAUGUUUGGAUGUCAGCUGUUAGAAGUUAAUGCUGCCAAGCAAACGGCAUUGGGCCCAUAA